AUGGUGAAGGAAGACCUGUCGGGAGGGAUCACCCGAGUCAAGCAGCUGUUGAGGAGCGUCUCCAAGAGCUUUCCUGUCUUCAAGACCUCCAAGAAAGAUGUCAAGAGGACAGACAUGCCGAGCGACGUCCAGGGGAUGCUGCUCAAGUACCAGAGGAACAAGGAGACCCUGCAGGUCCUGGCGGACAACCGGGUAGAGUUCAACAAGGCGGCAGACUCGAUCACCAAGGUAGAUGAAGCUGUUGUUGACUCGGUCAGGAAGCUAGGGGACAAUGGCAGAGAACAGUUUGUGCAGUCGGCCGAAGAUAUCGUCGUGCUCUACAACGCCAUCACAAGCAUCCGCAGCAGGUCAAACGACAGCCUGCUGGACUUUCUGCUGGACGUCGGAAGGAUGGAUAGGAAGACCGUAUCCCAUCUGUCGUCAGAGAUCUUGAAGCUCGAGAACGCCAGGGACGCCCUCGACAAGACGAUCGCAAAGCAGGAGCAGUCCAAGGAGAGGGGGGGCUCCGCGGGGGAGAGUGCGGAGAAGUUUGAGAGGAGGCAGCAGAAGAUCAAGGCGAGGAAGGCGGCGUACGAGGAGCAGAUCAAGGCUCUCAGGAGUCAGUUGCCGACCGCGGAGCUGAAGCUGGAGUCGAACUUCCUGUCGUCGUUCCUCGCAGUUCUCAAGGAGCAUCGGGAGAUCUUUGCUGAUGUCCUGCUUCUCCUCCAGAACCUCGACGGCGCCAUUGAGAACUUGGAGAGGGUCUGCGAGGAGUCGGCCAGUGCGCUGAACGCAACCAUGUCGGAGCAGGACAAGAGGAUGGAUUCGGAGGUACUGCAACGGUGCCGGCCCAAGAUCAUCGAGAUUCUCUCGAUGCCCGACUUCGCCGUCUCCAGCGCCCUCCUCGAUGUCCACUUCACCACGAGCUCGGAGCCGGACCUGGUCGCUGUUGCGUGUCCCCUCCUCCGGAUCCUGGACGAUCUCGACCUCUGCGUGCCCUUCAUCAAGUUCAUGAUCAGCAACGAGCUGCCCAAGGGCUCGUCGGAGACGACGCUGUUCCAAGUGCCCUCCGUCGCCGGCAGCCUGUGCGAUGCCGCGUGCCAGAUGGUGGCUGAGGAGUACCUGCACAUGACUCUACACCCUCUGAUCGAACAGAUCUGCAGCGGGGAGGCGGACUUCGAGGUCGACAUGCAGCACAUUACGGCAGACGAAUCGUAUGAAGUCAACCUGGACAACCUAACCAAGGCGAUCCAGUGGUUCUUCGAUACGGUCAUCAUCUCCAUCAGCGACGUCCCGCCACUGCUCCGGACGAUCUCCACUCACAUCUACAACAUCCUCGGAGCGAGAAGAAGGUCUGAGGCGCAGAGGGCCGUCGGCUACUUCUUCCUGGGUAACUACAUCUGCCCUGCCAUCAGAGAUCCCCUCCGCUUCUCCCUGACUACCCGGCACGUCGAUGAGAGGUCGGCAAGGGCUCUCGCCGUCAUAGGGUCGGCAAUGCAGUUUGCUUUCUUCGGGGAGGGCGAGCUGAGCUUCCCUCCAACUGUGAAGGAGCUGUCGUUGCAGUACCACGAUCGCCUCGUGGAGGUCGUCGACAACCUGGGAACAGUGAGCCCCUCUGCAUCGGAGAGCAGCCUGGCAGAGGUCGAGAUGGCUGUAGAGGAGGAGGAGGAUAUCCUCUCCCUCCGCUCCUUCAUCGUUUCAAACCAUCGGGCCAUCGCGACCGCGCUGGCUCAGAAGGGCUUCUCACAGCAUCUGUCUGACCUUGCUCUGUGCGUUGACGGGGUCGCCCUGACGGAGGUGGAGCAUGAGAAACGCCUGAAGCCAGGGAGCAACCAGCCUGAGGAGGAGGAGGAGGAGGAGGAGCCCAGUUCUUCCCUGUGGGAGGCUCCAACUGAGCAAGCCGAAACUCCGCAAGUCGUCAAGGCAGUCCGCACCGACUACUUCGUUGACGACGCUGACUGCAUGCCCGAGAGUGCGCCGGUGAGAAUCGAUGCAGCUCCAGAGUCUUCCUCCGUCAUCUUCGAGCUCAAGAGGGUCGAUGAGAACCCGCGGACUCCCCUCCAGCCAACUCCCAGUAAUGGAGCAGAGCCGGCUGAGCCCCAGCCGCUCAUCAGGCCUCGCAGGAGGUACACGAAGACCAAAGUGAUCCCGUCGUCCCCUGCCCCUGAACAAGCAGAGGACCAAGAGCAGCAGCAGCAGCAGCAGCAGCAGCUGGAGCCGGAAGGGCCUCCGGUGGACUUCAAGGUCCCCACGGUGAAGAUUAGCAGGAGCGACAUCCGCAUGGGAAUGUCUCAGAGGAUGAAGGAGAAGGUUGCAGGAGACGAGGGGCCGGCAGAGGAGGAGACGGGGGUGUCGGCCCCCCCGAAGAAGUCUGCGGCAUCCUACGGGCGACUGUUCGGCAUCGGCGCCGUCUUCAAGAGGAGCAACGACGGUCACUUCUACGUCAAGAAGGUGAUCGCCGGGGGGCCUGCACACAAGGCUGGGAUCACGGUGGGGUCGAGGGUCCUGUCGAUCGAUGGGGAGAAGCUCUAUCACAAGCCUGCCGCCUUCCUGUACAACCUUAUCCUAGGGAGCGAGGGCUCCUCCCUCACCCUCCAGGUCCAGUCCGUCGGGGCUGACGUGGACGCCGCGACCCAGAGAGUGACGGUGAGGCGGGCCUUCAUCGACGAGAGCUACGCGGCCGAGAGGGACUCGGCGGAGGCCGAGCAGGCCGCGGCCUCCCCCACCCAUGUCGAGGUGCCCCGGGGGCUGGACCGAUCGUUCGACGACACCAGGGAGGAGGUGAAGGUGUUUCAGUCGCCGGGGCGCAAGGUCGACCAGGGCCCGAGGAGCAGUGGGACCAACCAAGUGGGGAUCGGAGCGACGUUCAAGAUGGAUACCGACGGCUACUUCGUGAUCAAGAAGUUGGCGGAGCAUGGAGCGGCCCAAGUCUGCAACAAGAUCUCUGUGGGCGACAAAGUCCUCGAGAUCGACGGGCACAGCAUGUUUCGAGCGACGGCCCUUGACCUGUCCCGUGCGAUCCUCGGGCAGGAAGGGACCUGGUUGACCAUCAUUCUCCGGUCCAGCGACGGAUCGUCCAAGUCAGUCGCGCUCAAGAGGUCGAGAGGGGAGGAGGAUCGGGAGGGCGAUCUGAGGCCGAGCAUGACGACCGCCUCUCCCACAGCUGGGAAACUAGAGAAGUUGAGGAUGGAGGAGACGGGAGACAGCGUCGGAGUCGGGGCCUCGUUUGCCAGAAACCAGUCUGGGGAGCUCGUAGUGCUUGAGAAGUUCCUACAGGAUGUGCCCAUGGCCGCUGGUGACCGUGUCCUGGAAGUUGACGGCGUGAAGGUCUCCGGCAAGUCCUCGGCAGCUCUUGAAGCUCUCAUCAGCGGCCCAGAAGGAUCGACCAUCGAGCUGGUUGUGCUCCCUGCUGUUGAUGACCGGGAGUCUGGGCGACUGCCGUCGGUCAAGAGCAUCCGGCUGACGCGCAAGAAGGUUCCCAAGUCGCUCAUGCGCGAUCACGAGGAGGGGAGCCUGGAGGGGCAGACGUGCGAGCUGUUCUCGGCAGGAGUAGGGAUCUGGUUUCAGCGAGAGGAGGGGUCGGGGGCGCUGAGGAUACGCAGAGUCCUCCCUCACGUGCAGACCAGCUGCGAGGACCAGAUCAACAUCGGGGACCUGAUUCUCUCAGUCGAUGGCGUCAACCUGCGCAACAGGUCGAGCCGGGAGGUGGUGGAGAUGCUCAACGGGAGCAGAGGAACGAGCUGCAAACUGAAGCUCCAGAAAGCUGAGCCCAACGGGAAGGUCAUCGAAGCGAAAGUAGUACGAAGUCAAGAAGGUUUUCUUAAGCUAGAGGAGGUGAUGGGCCGGACCGCGGGCAUUGGCAUCCUGUUCAAACACGAUCGAGACGGAUACUUUUUCAUCAAGCGGAUCCUAGAAAACAGCCCAGCACAGAGGACGGGAGGGCUGGAGGUUGGAGAUACCGUGCGAGAGAUCGACGGGGUCUCCUUGUUCCGCAAGUCAUACAAGGACCUUGAACAACUGUUGAAUGGCGUUGAAGACUCAUCCAUCAGGCUGGGCAUCUGGGAUCACGAUAGCAGGCGUUUGCGACAUGUUGACUUGCCAAGAAACUGGACAGAGGACAGGCUGGGGUCAGAGAGUGAGGAGACGGAAGAGUUCGGGUCUGCGGAUCAGGGAGACGUAUAG